GAGUGUUCCGCAGAUCGUAUCUGGGACAAUUCUGUUCCCACAGUCAGCAAACGUGUUCACCGGCAACUCCUCACGCGCAACACAGACAAGCCUCUCUGCAUCGAUUGGCAACGAGGGAAAAGUUGCUCAACGUGUUCUCAUGACGAAUGUUAUUUGUGUUCCGGUUGUCUGUCGCACUCCCAUGGAGCCCAGUAUUGCGCUCGCACUCAGGCGUCUCUUCCCAGUGUGCCCUUAUAA